AUGAAGUUUGUAAUAUUAUUCAUCGUUUUUAUCUGCAACUUAACCAUUUGCCUUAGUGGCCCAGUGGAGAAAUGUGAAGAGGCCAUGGAGUGUCCCGAAGGUCAAGUUUAUAAGUUGGGGCCAACCUGGGAUUGUGACAAUCGCAUUUGUCGUGGAGCGAAUCCAUACUGCCAAGAUCCUAAUGCAAGAGUUGCUCGUUGCUUCUGUGAAGAUCCCAUGGAAAGCAUGGAUGGAAACAGAUGUGUAAGACAGUGUCCAUUAUAUCCAUAA